AUGACUGUCAUCUAUGAGCAGUGUGUGGCCAUUGCAAUGGAUUAUCAGAUCCAGAAAAGGAGGCUGUUGGUUCAGCAGCUCCGGCUGGAGGCCCGGCUCAACCGUGCGAACGUUUCCCAGGCAGCUGCAGAUUUGAAACAGUUUUGUCUGCAGGAUGCUCAAUAUGACCCCCUGCUGACUGGAGCGUCUUCAAGUGCGCUAGAAGAUGGACUCGCCUCCAGUGCUCUCCCCCGACCUCCAGGCCCUAGUGGAAAGGCGAACCCCGAGAAGAAGAUGAGCUGUGGGACCCAGUGCCUCAACCCUCAGAGUGUCAGCUCAGGCCCUCUGACCCAGCAACAGAAUGGCCUGCGGACCACCGAGGCUCAGAGAGAUGCCCAACGGAUGUCUGGAAAAGAAGUCAACAUCAGUGUUACAGACAGCACCCGACAAAUGGACAGGAGUCGAAGGAUCGCCAAGAACUGUGUCAACUAGCAGAGCGUUCCAGUAGAAAGAAGGGGGACUUUCUAGGGCCCUUCACAGUGCUGGAUCCCGCCGAGGAACCGGGGAGAAGUGGAGGCGCCCUUGCUGAGCAUGAAAGCAGCUGAGUGCCUUGAGAGAAGCCCGUCUCACCUGCCGCAGUCACCUGCACUGCCAGGACAUCCCAGCCUGCUACUUGUCGCAUACAUGCAUUGGCGCAUUGCCUACCCGUGUUAAUGAGCUGCAAGCGCUCAGUUCAGCUCACCUCUUUGCAACACCUCUGCGGUGGCCUGGGGUCAAAGUGGGCAGCGAGGGCCACUAGCCAAUUUCUGAAACAGGAAGAAGUAGGAAGUGAGGCUUUCCUGGCUGCAAGAAAGCAUUCACCAGCCAGCCCUAAGCAUUCCUGGCCACAAUCACGUGGACGGUUCCGGGCAAGCGUUUCCUUUGUUCUUCCUCUUCAAGUACCAUCACCACCCCAGUUGUGUUUAUUGAAGCAGUUGGCUUUCAUCCAACUCUUAGCCUCGACAGAUGAGAAAUCAAGGAACGGGGAAACUCCCUGUAAUUCAUGUUCCCUUAGUCAGUGUGAGGAAGGCCCAGCUCCAGUUUCACCCAGACGCAGAGAGGGGUGGGGUGUCUUUGGGAAGUCUCCAAGCACCUCUGAGGUGGUCCGUCCCACCCUACACCUAUUCCUCCCCUGCCUUCAUGUGAGCCUCCAGACCUUAAGGUCAUGGUCAUCGUGGUCCAUGCACCCCAUGCAGGUGUCGUCUCUGCAGAGCUCAGCCUGGCGCCGCGUAUUUCUGAGCUUGCCGCUUUCCCUGGCCCGCCUUCCUGAGUGCUUUCUCUCACUCAGGUCAUUUCGCAGUUUUGACUCAAAGCCUGGAACUUGCUCACGCAGGGGUGGAGGCGUGGUGGGAGGAGGGCGAGAUUGGCGGCCCCGCAUGGUUUCUGGUGGUGCCUCAGCACACAGCCCUGGGACUAUGUCAUUUUGAUUUCUAAACAGAAACCCCUUUAGAAAGACAAUACCUGGUUGCCAUGCUGUCACACGGACUUUAGCCUGGUAUGCACUGGGCUUGAGAAAUCAGCUAACUGAUUGCAGUUUAAAAAAACCAACAAACAAGCAUGUGUUGAUAGGGGUCAUUUUCUAGCAGUUCUUUAAACUUGUUUAGCAGGAAGUAUUUUCCUCCAAGGUAACGUAGCAUGCUUUUUAAAGGAAGGAUGUUAACGUGUCUGGGAUCGGGAAAAAUAGGAUUAAAAUUGUGCCAAACAAGUCCAGUCAAAAACUCCACAUUUAACUGAAAUAGGCAGUCUGAAGGUGUGAGUUUACGUAGCAUUGCCCAGAGAAUUAAUAUAAGAAGGUCACAGUUCAGUUACUCAUUCUUGCCACCUCUCAAUUCUUUGUCAUUUCUCAAUCACAAGUGAAUAAUGCCAUUCAUUCAUUCACUCACUCACUCUCUCAUUAGUAGAUGGUCUGUUCAUUCAACAUGGAAGCUCUGCGUCAGGCACUGCAGCUGUGGCAGGGGUAGGAAUCUGACCGGUCAUGACUACAUCCUGAAUCUUAACACUGGGCGGGCUUACACUGAACCUGGCCUCUAAGGGACAGCACGUGCUGUGUGUGAAUGGCUCUGCGGCGAAACCUUUCAUGGUCAGGGUCGACACCGCAUCUGGAUCUUCUCCGAAUCACUAUAAAAAGCCUCUACCGUAAACAAGACUCUUGUUUCCCCAAACCUCUCUCAUUUUGUGGUUCUCUGAGAAAGGGCUUUUAGGGAUCUUUAUGUUCUGAAAAUGAAAAAAUAAAAUGAAUAUUUAGAAAACCUGUGAAUCUUACGUCCCCACUGGCAUUCCUCAGCAGGAGCCUCCAUCUGCCAUGAUCCUGCUAAUUCAAGGGCUCGUUCUUCCAGGAUGCGUGCGUGCGUGCGUGCGUGCGUGGCUUCCCUACACCACUCUGCCAUCAGUCACAGGAUGCACCUGAUUUCCCCAUCCAAUCGUGUUUUUGCUUUAACUGCCAUACGGUGUUUGGAAUUUAUCAACUUAAGAAAGUCUCUGUUUUACGUACAAACAGUUUCUCACUUCUGGGGAGAAGGGACUGAAAAGCACUAGGUUCUCCUGCUUCCCGGAACCAUCUGGAUGGCACCGAGACAGUGACAAGAAGCGACACCGCAUUCCUGAAAAUGCAUCUGGCAACAUUUUCUUGUGUGUGUAUGCUAUAGGAGCUGAUCUUUACUAUCCUGUUAGCUAACACUCUUCAUUGCAACAUUCGUGUCAAUAAAGGCAUUAAUAUCCAGCGCA